AUGCCCGCCGUUUCCCACCGUCGUACCUCCUCCCCCACCGCCCUUCUUCGCAUCAUCGGCCGGCUCGAUGUCUACAGAGGAUACGAUAGAUACCAUCCGAACGCCAGAACCACACCCACAAUCAAGCGCCGCUCAUACACAGUUCAGCGCCGCUCAUGCACAAUCAAGCGCCGCCCUCACACUAUCGGCUGCCCCCCACUCAUCGCCCGCGCCGUCCCCCAUGCGUCUAUCACCCUCGCCGCUCUCUUCCACACACGCACCGAUACCCUUAUUUAUGUCCGCGUCGACGCCGCCGACGUCCCCCUUCCCGCCAUCGAGCUCGCUGUCGCCGUCGUCGAAGGAGCCUCAGUCAUCGCCUCGGAAGGAGCUCCUGUCAUCGCCUCGGACGGGGCACGCCCCACGUGCGCUGCCAUACCCCCUCACGCAGAACGGCCUGCCAAUCUCUCCGCCUCUGCGACCGACCGUACGGCCAACGCGGUCUCCUCUCAUGCGGGCGGCCCCCGCACAUUGCGCGCUCCCGUCGAUCCGCAAGUCGCGGCGGUCGCCGUUGGUCGCAGUGAGUCUCCCCGCCAGCGACCGCGUUUCGCUUCUGACUGGCUUCUCGAGGUGCCCAAAGGCGAGUUUCCUGCGCUACGCGAGGCUAUUUCGUUGGUCGUUAUACGGCGAUGGACCUUGUUGCCCGACCAUGGAAUUCGUUACGCGUCGGAUGCAGGCUCUCGCUCUCGGUCGGAGCUUGGUCGCCUCCCUCGAGUCUAA